AUGGCUAAAAUUCACCUUGUUUUCAUCCUGGUCAAGGAAUAUAUGCCUUUUGCUGCUGCUACCACCACCAGCAUCACCAUUAUCACAGUCAUCCUCAUCCUCAUCACCGAUUACAUGUAUUUUGACACCAAAGUCAGCACACCUUUGCUCCACUACCUCUUCCUCUGCUACUCGGCUGCCACAGUUUAUUGUCUGCGUCCAGACAGAGAAAGUAGGCAGCUUGCUUUCCACAGUCAGCCUUUGCACCUCACUAACUUUCCCUCGUUGAUGGGAGGAGAGGAGGGGGAUAGAGGCAGAGAGGGGGGAAAAACAAUCCGAAGCUUAUCAGAGGCCUUGAAGAGCAUCAAAGUACUAAAACAGCAAUUACAGGGCCGGAGUGACAAGACCUUUGAUGACCAGGGCUCUAGGGGAUUCCUCCACUUAGCCGACUUGUCUAUUUCUUUUCUGCAGGUCUGGUUUCAGAACCGAAGAGCUAAAUGCCGAAAGCAAGAGAAUCAGAUGCACAAAGGAGUUAUUUUGGGAACUGCAAGCCACUUAGAUGCCUGCAGGGUAGCCCCUUACGUUAAUAUGGGAGCCUUGAGAAUGCCUUUCCAACAGGUCCAGGCACAGCUGCAGUUAGAAGGCGUGGCCCACGCACACCCUCAUCUGCAUCCCCACCUGGCUGCCCACGCCCCCUACCUGAUGUUCCCACCGCCUCCCUUCGGGCUCCCCAUCGCCUCCUUGGCUGAGUCAGCCUCCGCUGCCGCCGUGGUGGCCGCCGCUGCCAAGAGCAACAGCAAAAACUCGAGCAUCGCUGACCUGCGGCUCAAGGCCCGGAAACAUGCCGAGGCCCUGGGGCUCUGACCCCCCGCGCCACGUGUGACAUGGAACGGACUGGAACUCCCUCCUCCCCUUCUCUUCUCUCUCUCGUUUUCUCCUCCUUCCUCUACUCCAAGCGCCAGCAACACCGGGACUUGACCCUUCGCAUUCUCUCGCCCCUCUCCCCAGUUGGUUCUCUCUUCAUCCCUAAUGUCCUGGCCUGGGCUCCCCCGCAACCAUCGGCUUUUUGUUCUUGAAACACUUCCACCGAGUGCUUUGACAGACUCAAGGACCCAGGAAUGCACGCUCUGAGCCAAAAGGCUCCUCGCUCACUUUGGACCCUAGUUGGUUCUGAAGAGUUUGGGUUCCAGCAUUUCUCCUUCUCUCUGGCACUUGGUGCUCUUAAUACAAUUAAAACAGGAGGCAGUGAUGGGCCUGAAAUCAGCCUGAGUUCUAAUUAAGAGUCACCUUAUUCAAAACAAAAACAAACAAAAAAACA